AUGUCCCUAGUGGCCCUCCUCCGCCAUGGCCUCCGCCUCCUGCUGCCGCUGGCGGUAAUCUCGACCUUUUGGCUCUAUCUCUAUCCUGUCUUCUUGGGGUGCGCAUUCCCUGUCGCUCCAACCGGCAGCGCAUCGACGAGUCCGAGCCAUGUUGCCGACAGCAGCGCCGCUGCUUUCCUCGAAGCCGCGCGACAACAUAUUCCUCUACCAAUCCCCCUACGAUCAAGCGAAGCUCGCCCCGCGCCUUUCCGCCUUCUCGCGCUUGGUGACCCCCAGCUCGAGGGCGACACGUCCAUUCGAAAACACGAUGGCCCAAUCUUCCCUCACGCCAGAAGUCUAUGGUCCCAUGUGACCUUUGGAUCGAGUCACUCGCUGCGCCAGCGCAUUCGUCACUCUCUGCACGACAUUGUCGAUAUCUUCUGGGAGGACGUCUUUGACGAGCUCGAGUCCAUUCGCAAGCGGAUAGACCUCUUUGGCAACGACUUUUACCUGGCACAUAUCUUCCGAACGGUACACUGGUGGACUCGCCCUACCCACGUUACCGUGCUCGGGGACCUCUUGGGCAGCCAGUGGAUUGGCAUUGAAGAGUUCCGGCGCCGCGGCCGUCGGUAUUGGGAUCGCGUGGUGCGAGGGGCCGAGAGGGUUCCAGACGAAGCUGCAGUGUUCCCGGCCAUGGAGUAUGACCUCACUGACUACCUUUCCGUCUCUGGUGAGCCCUCUGCUGUGUGGCCGCGCCGUGUCAUCAACGUGGCCGGCAACCACGACAUUGGUUACGCCGGCGAUAUCAAUCAAGACCGCUUCGGCCGGUUCGAGCGCCUCUUUGGCAAGGCAAACUAUGAGCUACGCUUCGAGCUCCCCAUCCAAGACCCGAAACUCAACGCCACCAUUGUGGACGACGAGCAAAAUCCCGAGUCCGAUCGCCUGGCCCCAGAGAUUCGCGUCAUUGUCCUGAACGACAUGAACUUGGAUACUCCGGCCAAAGACACGUCCCUCCAAGACGACACAUAUGCCUUCAUCAACGCGGUCAUUGAGACUUCGGCAGCGGUAGAAUACAGCGGCCAUUUCACCGUUGUACUCACUCACAUCCCGUUGUACAAGCCUGAAGGUGUUUGCGUCGACGCGCCCUUCUUCGACUUUCAUGGCGACCACGAUGGUGGCGGAGUCAAGGAGCAGAACCUGCUCUCGGCUGACGCGAGCAAGGGCUUCCUCGAGGGCAUCUUUGGCAUGAGUGGUAACACGGAGGCGCCCGGCAACGGCAAAGGUCGCCGCGGCGUCAUCUUGAACGGCCACGAUCAUGAGGGCUGUGACACGUACCACUACAUCAACCAGACGAAACCAGAUGAUCGGUCAUGGGAGGUCGAAACCUGGCCGACCGCAAAGAGCCGCGGCGCAGUCGGUGCAGCUGGUGCUCCGGGGCUGAGGGAGAUCACGGUUAGGAGCAUGAUGGGCGACUUUGGCGGCAACGCAGGUCUGCUCAGCGCCUGGUUUGACGAGACUACGUGGACCUGGCAAUUUGAAUAUGCAACUUGCGCCUUGGGCACCCAGCACUUUUGGUGGUUCGUCCACAUCAUCGACCUCAUUGCAGUCGUAGCACUUGUUGCGUACGGCGUUUUAGUCGUGACAGCGACAAGCAGUGCCAGCGUUGCAGCACCUGCACCAGCACCAAUCCCGGAGGAAAAGAAGAUGGUUCAAAACGGGGAGGCCAAUUCAUAA